UACACUGUAAAUACUAUGACAUGCAAUACAUAUGGAUAUGUUUAGAAAGUUUGUGUAAAUGUUUUAGAAAUUGAUAGUCUAGUCAAACAAUUGACAAUUUCUAUAGACAUAUAAAUAUAAUAGACAUGUCAUUCAAUGAUAUCAUCAACUCGUGUACAGAUAUGCGGACAAUAGAGCACGUGUUGUCUCGAUUGGAUAACACGUGUGGUGACAGCAAACAUCAAACAACGGUUCAAAACAACGACAACAACAAUCAGCAGACAGUGUUUCAAGUGAUUUAUGGCAAUCACAAGCCGUACAAGAAGUAUCAACAGUACUCGGAUGACGGCUUUCUGUCUAUCAAUUUGACCACCAAUUGGUGUCAAUUGUAUGCCAUCGAUGGCAAAUGUAUUUGUGAGACUAAACCAUUGAAGACAUCUAAUACUAUUGGCGAUCAACUGGUCUAUGAAGAGGAUAAUGAGCUAAUUGUUGGCAACAAAUGUGUUCAACUAAGCUGUCAGGUGUCACCCAAACAGUUCAAAAGUGGCCAAUAUUUUGCUACCGAUUCAACCGAUUAGUUGUCCAAUUUAUUUAUUACUAUUUAUUUAUUGAAUAAUUUUUUUAUUGAUUAUUACAAUUUUUAAAACUUCAAACUAUUUGUUUCAUAUGUUUCAAAAUAUUUAUUAAAUACAGUUAAAUUA